AUGGGUGUGUUCGAUUUCAGAGGCUGCUCAGUGAGACACAGAGGAGAGAUGGAGACGUCAGGGGGACAUGGGAAGGGAAGGAGACAUUUUGAAAUGUUGUAAGAAAUAAAAAUGGAGGUGAGGGUUUAGAGGAAAAUAAAGGCAAUUGUGAGUUUUAAACAUAAACAUUGAUGAGGUUGCUUUAAAGCAGGCAGGACUGUUUGGCUCCUUCCUGGUUCUGCUGAUUAGAACCACGUGAUCUAAGAUUAUCAGAACCAGGUUCUGAUGAUGGUUGGUGGGAAACUUGAUGAGAAGAUUCUGUUUUCCUCUCAAGCCCCUUUGGCUUCAGCCUGUGGACAUGUGUGUUCCGGAAAUAACUCCACCAGGAGGAGGAGGGGAGGGGGUCUGGACCUCCUCCUGACGGUCCGAACCGCAGCUGAAAACUUUUCAAAAGUUCAGAGGAAGAGUCCGCCUGUGAAACCUGAGCUGCUGCUCCUCCUGCUGCUGCUGGAGUCUAAGUGGAACCAGAUGGUGAAGCCUGUUUUCUCCAGACUCCAGCCUCCAGCCUCCUCAUUCUCACAGAAAGCGCUCCUGUUCGCGGGAUGGAGAUGAAGAGGAGCGCGGUGAAGUGAAGCCGCUCCUCAUGCGGCGCCUCCUCAGGAUGCUGCUCCGGCGGCGCGCGUGCGCGGGUCCGCUGCUGCUGCUGCUCGCGCUGCUCUGCUUCUGCUACCAGACGCUGAUGGUGGACCGGAACCAGAACCGGAGCGAGGCGGAGGAGGUUCCGACGGAGACCAGGAGGCUGGUCUCCGCUCUGGAGGCUCUGCAGGAGGAGACGCAGGCCUGGUUCCACUCUCAGAGACGCCGGCACCAGGCUGUGGUUCUGACGGGUCGACAUCAGCUCUCUGAUACAGAGGUGGUUCUGCACCAGUGGGUCUUACAGGAGUUGGGAUAUGAAGUCCAUGUGUCCCGGUUUGCAGAGACCAGCAGCUUCCUGAGGGCGCAGCAGGGUGCGGGUGGGUGGAGCCUCCUGCUGUGCCUCAGUACUUCAGAGCGGAGCUGUUUGAGGAGAAUCAGCUUCUCACACCUGCAGCAGCAUCAGAUGGUAAACCUGCUUCCUGAGCUGAUGGAGGCAUUUUCAGACGUAGGUGGAGGUCUAUGUCACUUUUACCAACAGCUGGCAGAACCUGACCUUGACAUGAAGCCUCACUCCUGUGGAUCAUCCAAUCAGAAGCCUGACUUUCCUCAGGACAGUCGCUCUCCUGACCAAACCCAGUCUCCUGCUCUGGUUGCCAUGGUAAAUGUCUUUGUCUUGGUGACCUCUGUGACCCCUCUGACUGCCUUUAUGCAUGACAUCAGCGUAGUGUGGGCCAAUCAGAGUGCUCCUGGACAACAGAUGAAGAUCAGAACUUUCCUGCUGCAGCAGCUGGGAGCUUCCACCUCACAGCUGGCCUGGGUUCAGAUCCAAAGGGUGGUCGGCUCGGUGCUGCAGGCGGCAUCGACCAAUCAGGAGCAGCAACCAGGUGGCAGAUGCUUGUUGUGUUUCCAGUUGCUCACCUUCAUGCUGAUGUUCAGCGGUUCCAUCACACCUGUUGUGGUCCAGGUGGACACAAAGGUGACAUCUCUUAGUGAAGACAUGUUCAGCAGACAGAUCACCACAGACCUGGUCCUGGAGGACAGCCUGCAGUUCCUGCUGCCUCUGCCCACUCGCCUGUCCCCAGAGACUCACCUGUCCCCAGAGACUCACCUGUCCCCAGAGACUCGCCUGUCCCCAGAGACUCACCUGUCUUUAGAAGCCCUGAGGCAGCAGUACGGUGGCUGCAGAGGGACAAACGGAGCCUGUUUAUCCCAGGAUGAGCUUCUCCUUCUGCUCCGGUUCCACCAGCAGCUGAAGGUGCCCUCAGCCUUUCAUCUGCUUCACCCCAACUCCUCCUCCUCCUCAGCUUCGCGGCUUCUCUCUGACCUCCUCAGGAUCAGCCGUCACCACCAGCUGCAGAAGAACAGGGAGAUGAAUAAACCGACCAAUCAGCUGUCAGCAACGCCGGAGCACGAAGGUUCCUGCUCAGACCCCCACCUCAGACAGAUCUACACCGACCCCCCACUCAUUCUGACUCCGCCCUUCAGCCCCACCCUGAAAGAAUACCGAGCCGAGGUACCAUUCGACACAGUGACAGUGCGGAUCCGACCAGAACCGGUCAGCACCGGCUGUGUGAUCCACUUGGACAACCAUCGAGGUCCCAGGAUGGCAAACUUCCCGGUUGGUCUUGGUGCCAGCCGGAUCAGCAUCCUGGUAACCGAUGCGUCAGAGCCUCACCCCGUCGUCAUGACGAUCUACACGGUGCAUGUGUACCGCGACAGCCGGCCCAGUCUGCCCAUGUUCGGGGAUCAUGUGUUGUGCAGCUUCCUGCAGGACUGUGGUCUGCAGGUCCAGCCAAGACUCUCCUGCGGUCUCCGACCUCAUGUCUCUUCUCAGAGUCCGGUCCAGCCCUGCAGCUCAGGACAUGUCCCAGGUCGGUGGGUUGUUCCGUGUCUCAGCUGCUCUGACAACAGAACAUGUGAUUGGAGAGAGGUUACCUGGCAACCGGACGGCUGUUAUCACCCGCUGGUGGAGCGCCCCCUGCUGCAGGACUGCAUGAUGGACAGGAAGCUGCUGUUCGUCGGGGACUCCACCAAUCGAGGCAUGAUGUACUUCCUGAUGGAGCGGGUCAACUCCAGCCUAGAUGACUGGGGAAAAGCUCACGAUACGCUCCUCUACCAGAACCUCAACCAAGGGCGGACUCAGGUCAGCUACUCCUAUUAUCCUCAGUUCUGGCUGGAGAAGAACCUGAGGCCGACUUUCAGGGAGGCGUUGGUGCAGCUCCUGAACAGGUCCCGACCGUUAGAAAACUCCAACCAGACAGUGCUUGUGCUGGGAGGAGUCCAGUGGCUCAACACCAACCACCUGAAGAUGGUCCAGGAGGUGCUUGACAGGGAGUCUCUCAGUGAGAUCCUGGUGGUGGUGAAGUCGUUGGGGAUGGGCUUCCACCUUCCUGUGGACGGCAUCAGGUCCCUGAGUCUGGCGGAGAUCCAAAACCUGUUCAAUGAGAACCGAGACAUCAUCUCCACAGCAAAACAUCUAGGAUACGAGGUGAUCGACACCUUCAGCAUCACCAUGGGGCGAUACAAAGAGUUCCUUCAGGGACGCUGCGCCUGUCACUUCCAUGAGGUUGAGAAGAUCCAGUCCUCCAAACCCAGAGACGACUUGGAAUCCACCAGAAAAAUGACCAGAACCAUCCGAGCUGGACCUGAACCUGGCAGCCAAUCAGCUGUGCUGGACGUGGAGCAGGAAGUGGGAUCAACCUAUCACGUUAGGGGAGAAAUAAACCAGGUGUAUUCCGAGAUCCUGCUGAGCCGCCUGUGUCCCGGAUCCAAAGAGACUCAGCCUUCUCCUCUGGGUCCGUAGAGUUCUGCCAAGUCAUUGUUCAGUUCUCUGACCUUCCCAGGAAGAAACAUGGAAGAGAUGACAAUCUGGAAAAGGCUUUGGUUUGAUUGGGAAGAUCUGAUCCUACAAACCGAUUUUUAUAAAGAUCUGAGCAAAUCCAAAUAUUCCAAGAUCCUCAGAAGAUCUGAAACUGACUGAUGGGAAGUUUCACAUUCCCAAAAGUUUCCCUUAUUUCCUAAAUGGCUUAACGUUUCCUAUCAGGACUUUUCCCAAGAAAGUUCUUGGAGAUUCCAGCGUGAACAUUCCUGUUUUCCAAUGAGAAACUUUUAUUGUUCCUUAAAGGUUUUCUUCUGUUAAAGUUUUCUCCAAAAAGUUGCUCCAGUUUUCAGACACCUGCAGAAAAUUCCCAAACUUUCUCACUGUUCCCAUCAACCCCAAGAUGUUUUCCUUCAAAAGCAAAAUUCACACAAAAGCGAUAUUUGUUGUUCCAGCAUCGGAACCAAUCGGAAUGGUUCUUUAUUCCCUAAAUGUUCCCAGUAAGCAUUUCAAGAUCCUUUUUUCUCCGCCUCCACAUCCAAGUUUAGAUUCCCUGUUUCCUGGAGACAGUUUUUCCAUCCAGCAGAAAUCUGUGUGAUGGUUCUGCCACCGGUCCCAUGCCAACUGAGAGGAACAUCUCAGACGGCCGGGUUCAAACAUUCAAUUCACAACAGAACCGGGAGGAAAGAUCUCCGGGUUUGGAUCAAAUCGGUUUCAGAAUCUGUUAAUAUAAACACUUUGGUAUUGUGAGGUUGUGAUCCAGACAGGGAAGAUCAUAAACUCCAGUUUACAGAGUUCCAGAACCGAACGGAUUUCCAGAAUUCAGAGAUUUUUUUACAUACAUUUAUAUCUGAAAAAAAUUCCUGCCUAUCUUUGAUUUCUGUUGUCCAUUUAAAUCCGUCCAGAACUCGACCAGAACCUCACUGCUGACUGAGAACCAGCUGCUGUUUACUGGGUCUAACUACCUUCCAACAGAACUCAGUGAUGACGGUUUUGAUGGCCUGGUUCUGCAU